AAAGCAUAAGCAGACGGUGCCGGAAAUCCGUAACACGAGAUUACCUAGGCCAGAGGAGCUAGGCUAGACCAAAGCAAAGAGGAAACAACGCACGCGAGCUCUUCUUUUUUAUUUUGCAUAACGUAAAGGGGGGCGCUUUUUUUACGCUCGGUCAGAGCUUUUAGGUAGACGCCGCAGCUAAUUAAAAAGCCAUAGACGAUGAUGGCAGAAAAUCUGUUAUAACAGUCCCGGGUUCCCGGUUGUUUCUCCACAUUUUCGAUUUCCUGUCUCGAGCUUCUUGUCUUUUUCUUCUAGAACAAAACGGCGAUCAUGGUGCUUGGCUUUCAGCUCUGAGGUGACAUUUUUUCUUAUAAGCAUUAUAUGUGAUCAGUGUGAUUCCUAUACUCUCAUUCAUUUAUCUUAUCUUUUUUUCUUUUUAGCCUCUACGGCUGUCUAUCAAACAUGGUCUGCAUACCUUCUUGGCUCACGAGGUUGGGCGCUCGUCUUGCCAAUCGCCCAUUCAUCUUUACUUUUGCCGUCUCAGCCCUCUUCGCAUCCAAGCUCGCCCACAUCCACAGCCACCGAAACGCCGUCGCUACCGGUCGAUUAUUCACCUUUUUCAGUACAUUCUUCGUGCAAGAUAUUCUCGUCCUUCUUUUAAUCCGACUCCUCCUCGAUCAAUGGUCGCCCAGGACCCAAAUACUACACUACGCCACUACAGCAGUCGCUGGUUUAUUAAUAUUAUACAACGUCGCUCUAUCGUUAAUAUCCAUUACUUUUUACCUCGUCUCCGGCGCCGAGAUCCACUGGCGAAACCUCAACCUUGUGUCGGACCCUACUUCAAGAGCUAUCUUCCUUUCUGGUCUCGUGACCUUCAUCUUGGUCGCUUCUUGCUUGAUCGUCCUUGCUUGGCUGCUUCAGAAUGUGUGCUAUAGAGUGUUUGGGUGGGGUGCGGAUAUGCUCCAUUUCCCUUGGGCUAUGGCGCGAACUGCGACAAACCGAUUCUUGAGAAAGCGAAACAUCUACAGUCCUCUUCCCGAUCCUGAGCCUGUCAUUGCCGAGGAGAACCAGUACGACGAUGUUGAUGAUGAGGCUUGGCUGGAGGACUUUGUCGAGCAUGGCAAAUCGCAAACUCUGUAUUCUCGAAUCUCCCAACGAGUCAGCACUUUUGGCGUCCGAGUGCAGCCUUCCACCGUGAGGCGCAUUCACUACGGCAUGCCAUACUUCUUUUGGUCUCUCUUCACUAUCGCCAUGAUGGUCUUGUUACUCGAGCGCCCCGAUGAUCGCUCUCUCCUCUUCCUCUCAUGGACCACUGGUCUCCUUCCCUUCGUCGACGUCUCAUCAACCGCACCACUCCUCGACCAACUCCCUUCCAAGUUUGAACAAGUCGGCAUCCAGCACCAGUGGGAUGAGAAGUCAGCCCUUGGCGAGCCCCCAAAGAUGGAUUGGCUGCCCAAGGGUAAGCCUCUGGCUGGCUUUGAGGACUGGUAUACACCCAACGAGCUUCACUACAACGCCGCCAAGGAUCCCAUGAAGAUCUCCAACCUCGACCAGCCUGUGCUGGAGGAGCUGAAGGAUAAGCUCAAGGAUGUCUCUGUCAAGCAUGUCAUGCUCUUCCUGCUCGAAAGUACCAGGAACGACAUCUUCCCCUUCAAGAAGGGUGGUCAUAUGUGGGAGAAAUUCAAGGAUUCUUACCCCGAUAAGAAGAUUCCUGAGGAUGUCGAAGAGAGACUCAAGAACUUGAUGCCUAAUGCCCGAUAUGUCACUGGCGAUUACGAUGAUGGUUUCAAGCACGACAAGACACCUAAGCGUGGCGGUGCUCAUUUCAGCAACGCCUACACCUCCGGUACUUACACUCUCAAGAGUCUCGUCGGCACCAUCUGCGGUCUCAACCCCCUCAUCGCCGACUUCAACCUCGAUUACAAGCGUCACAUCUACCAACCCUGCCUCCCUCACAUCUUCGACGCCAUGAACAAGGCCGAAGACGAGUCAGCUGCCAAGUGGAAGUCAUACUUUUUCCAGACCGCCAUGAUCCACUACGACAACCAUCACAAGCUCAUGGCUGCCUGCGGUUACCCCGAGGAGAACACCCAGGACCGAGACUCCCUUCGCAGCGAGAACGCCAAGCACCGUGUUGAUCUGGAGGACAUUAACUACUUUGGCUUCCAGGAGGACCCUCUUGAGGAUUACAUGCGCGAUGCCUUUAAUGAUGCCAAGGAGAACAACGGUCGUGUCUUCCUUACGCAUAUCACCAGCACGAGCCAUCACGCUUAUGGUAUCCCUAAGAAUGAGACGUACACUGCUAUCGGAGCUGGCAAGGACAUUGAUGAGAUGUCGCAUUACGCCAACGCUGAGAGCUAUGAUGAUAAGUGGAUUGGCAAGGUUCUCAAGAUGUUGGAUAAUCAAGGUGUUGCAAAUGAGACUCUCAUCGUCUUCCUUGGUGAUCACGGUGUCUCGCUGGUUGAGAAUGGCAAGGCCUCUCCUUACUACAACCCUAGCGUUGGAUCAGAUCAUGUCCCGCUUGUUUUCUCUCACCCAUCUCUUCCCGCUUUCAACGUCGAGCACGCCGUUCACUCCACCCAAGUUCUACCGACCAUCCUCGAUCUCAUGCUCGAGAGUGGCUCAUUCGAAGGCGUUAGUCGCAAGGCCGCUGAGUCGCUCGUCGGAAAUUACGAAGGCCAGUCCCUCUUGCGCCCCAUGCAAAUGGUCAACAACCAAACAGGCCAAGCCCAAUGGCACUUCACCGUCGUCAACCCCGGCCGAGCCAUGCUCAACGUGCGCGACGUCCGCUAUCCCGACCGUCACCUCAGCGUCCCUCUCAUCGACAACACCGAGUGGCGCCUCAGCGACCUCUCGGUCGACCCCUUAGAAAAGGACCCCAUCCAGGCCUUUGACUAUCUCUCCUUCUUGGACUCUGUGGAGAAGAAAUGGGGUGUUGAGUGGGCGCAGUGGGUGGAGGAGGGUGCUUUCAUGACAAGGUGGCAUGUGCAGGAGAACGGAAAGCGUUGGCGUUAUGAGCGAAAUCCUAAUGUUCAAGAGACAAGGGAUCAAUAAAAAAAAGACUGGGGAGUUUAGCGGUAUAAAUAAUGAAGAUGUAUGAAUAGUUUGCAUUUUAGAGUUUUGCAUGGCGAUAUCCAUUUACUACUAGUUUUGGUUCAUUGAUGCCUCUUGUCGUGAAGUCUGAGCCUCAUCGCAUUGAAGGAUUGUGAGAUGUCA